AGUGCAAGGAGGGGUACCACGAUGCGGUUUCUGUUCUUCGCGGGGUGCUUGGUUCUGGCAAUUGCUGCCCAAGUCUGCUCUGGCCGGCCGCAAGACCCCGCUUACGGUACCGACGUUGAACAGGAUUAUGUGGCGCCAAAAGACGUGCAGCUUUCUGGACAUACCUGGGACGAAGAAGACCACGAGGAAUACAUCAUCGACACCCUUAAGGACAUCUCCAAGACCCUCAGAGAGAAGUUCCUACUUCUGGCUGAAAAAAUCAAGGAGAAGAUAAAUGAGCUAAGACAAGCCGCUGGUGGUCGGGCGUCACUCCUAAAGGAACAACUAAGUGAGCUCAAACACCAGCUGGAGGAGUCCACCAGCAUCCUCAAGCGGAAAGUGCAAGACUUAUUCGACAAAGGCCAGUAUGCGACCAUGGGUGACAACGCUCUGGAAACAUUCGCCAAAUUUUACGAACUUCGUGGCAGGCUUAACAAGUUCGUACAUGGCAUGAAGGACAUGACCGGGGAAAAACUGGAAAAGCUUGCAGAACUGGUUAGGGAACUGCGACACAAGAUCGAAAAAAAGGUUCAAGAGCUUAUGUACGAUUCUAGUGGUACUGAUGUUGCCCUUUACCACGGGAAUGACGAGAUCGACGACGAAGCUUACGUCAUCCAAACGUUACGGGAGAUAUCCAGAACCCUCAAAGAAAAGUUCCUACUCCUCGGUGAGCACAUGAAGCAAAAACUGGCCGAGCUUAAAGAGAUUGGUGGUCGCCAUGCGGAGGUCAUCAAAGAGCAACUUAAGGAGCUGAAAGAUAAACUGGCCAUUGCACGCGAGGACUUGAAGCAGAAAGUACAAAAGCUUUUUGAUAGAGCGCAGUACGCCUCGUUCGGAGAAAAUGCUGUGAUAAUAAUUUCAAAAAUAUUCGAUAUGCGCGCGCGCCUUAACGACUUCAUUGAAGCAAUAAAAAAUGUAACUGGUGAAAAAUUGCAGGCAUUAAAAGGAAUUAUAAAGGAACUGAGGUUAAAAAUCAAGGAAAAGGUCCAGGAGCUUCUUCAUGGUUCUGCAAAACCUCAAACAGCUCUUUACAGUUCAGACGAGAAUGAUGCUGAAGCCUACAUUAUUGGCACACUGAGAGACAUUGCUAAAACCCUCAAGAAAAAGUUUCUCGUUCUCGUACAAACAGUUAAAGACAAAUUAAGGGAACUGAGGCGCUCUGUAGGAAAGCAUGCGAAAGUAAUCAAAGAACAGCUUCAGAAAAUAUUUAACCAGCUGAAUGAGGCGCGUAAAGAACUGCAACAGAAAUUAGCGGAGCUAUUUACCCCAAGUCCCUCUUUGAAAAAACACGCUGAAGAAAUUUUCGCUAAACUGAAGAAGCUCCGAGCUAAGUUUGCAGUGUUUGUGAAGGAGGUAAAGAAUAUUACAGUCGAAAAGGCUCAAAAGCUGAUGAAAAUGAUUGUCGAACUUCGAGAUGAAAUUAAACAAGAAAUCUCCCAACUCCUAAAUUAUACUCACAGUUACGCGUUGUACCAAGCAAGCGACGAUGACGAGGACAAGGAGGCCUACAUUAUUGAUACCCUCAAGAGCAUUUCUGCGACCCUCAAAGAGAAAUUUCUCACCCUUGGCGAAAACAUUCGACAGAAACUUAUCGAACUAAAAGGUGCCUCAGGCGAGCAAGCUAAAGCAAUCAAGGAACAACUAACAAAUUUAAAAAAUCAGCUGGGCGAGUCUCUUCAAGCUCUUAAGCGGAAGGUGGCUGAUAUGUUCAAUAGUGCCCAUUAUACAUCAUUUGGAAGCAACGCACUUGUAGUAUUUGCUAAGCUCUUCGACCUUCGAGAAAAAUUGAGCAACUUCAUUAAAGGCAUGAAGACUGUCACUGGUGAAAAGUUGGAAAAGUUGCAAGUGCUCAUUAAGGAGCUACGAGAAGAUAUCAAAAAGAAAGUUCAAGAACUUCUUCAUGGUUCAAGUGAAUCCCCAAGUGCCCUUUACCAAGAAAGUGACCAUGUAGAAGAUGACGAAGCCUACAUUAUCGACACCCUCAAGGGCAUUUCUGUGGCCCUGAAAGAAAGAUUUGCCACCCUGGUUGAGAAGAUUCGACAGAAGCUGCUUGAGUUGAAAGGAGCCGCAGGAGAACAGACUAAAGCAAUCAAGGACCAGCUAGAAAACUUUAAGAACCAGCUGAGAGAGUCCCGACAGGCAUUGCAGCAGGAGGUGGCUGCAAUCUUUGAAAAGUCUCGAUAUGCGUCGUUUGGAAGUAAUGCCAUUGAAGUAGUCGCUAAGCUGUUCGAAAUUCGGGAAAAACUAAACAGCUUCAUUGAAGCCAUAAAGACUGUCACAGGGGAAAAAUUGGAAAAGUUAAAAGGGCUUAUUAGAGAGCUACGACAAGAAAUCAAGGAGAAAGUCCAAGAACUUCUUCGAGGUUCAAGUGAAGUAAAAAAUUCCCUCUACCAAGUAAGCGAUGUUGAUGAAGGCAAUGAGAAUUACAUUAUGAAGACACUUAAGGAUAUAAGCCAGUCUCUUAAAGAGAGGUUUAUUGUUUUGAUAGAUACGAUUAAGGAAAUUGUAGCGCAACUUAAAACUACCACUAGUGAACACGUUCAAGUGCUCCAGACCCGACUUCAAGUUUUAAGGAUGCAACUGGGAGAAGCGAGAAGAGAACUGAUGAAAAAGGUGAAGGAAUUUCUUACGCCCGCUCAGUACUUUGAUUAUGGCGGAAAAACGAAUGAGUUUGCUGAAAAACUGUUGGCUUUUCGAUGGAAGCUAGAGUAUCUUAUGAACGAGCUAAAAACUGACCAUGGGGAGAACUACGGCGAAGUAAAAGACUUGAUUGAGUCUUUGGGUAAUGAGAUCAAUGAUCAUGUCUAUCAAUGCAUGGGCAGUUCAAGUGUCAGUGCCUCCGCUCUGUACCAGGCAAAUGUGGAUGACGAUCAGAAUGAUAAGCGCGCCUACGUAAUUAAUACCCUAAAGGAUAUUGCCAAGAGCCUCAAGGAAAAGUUUUUAAACAUCGGAGAAAAAAUCAGACAAAAACUCGCUGAACUCAAAACAGCCGCUGGUGCACAAGUUGUUCGGAUCAAGGAGCAACUGAAGGAGCUAGCUAAACAAAUGUUUAAAGCGCGUGAAGAGCUGAGGGAAAAACUUAAAGAACUUGCUAGACCGAAACAGACCCAAUACGCUUAUUUCAAUGACCAGGGUUUUGACAUAUUUUCAAAAAUCACUCAUAUUAAGGAGAAGCUAGCGAGCUUCUUAAAACGAAUGAAGAAUCUAACCGGAGAAACGCUGGCAAAACUGAGGACUGAGGUAGGUGAACUCCGAGAAGCAAUCAAGCAGCAAAUAUCUCAACUGUUACAAGGUUCUGACAACACCCCCGCUUUGUACCUCGCUAUUGAGGACAUCGAAGACAACGAGGCCUACAUUAUUGACACGUUAAAAGAUAUAUCCAAGACCCUGAAAGAAAAGUUCAUGGUACUCGGUGAGAAAAUUGGACUGAAGAUGGACGAGAUGAGGCAAGCCGCCGGACUGCGUGCCGCAAUCCUGAAGAAGCAGCUGCAGGAACUUAAAGGGCAACUUAUCGAAGCCCGCGACGCGGUGAAACUGAAGUUGUGGGAAAUUAUCAGGCCUGGGCUGUCUGCGCAGUACAGUCUCAUCAGCGACAUCUCCUCUAGGGUUUUCGACAAACUAUCGGCACUUCGGGACAAUUUUCAGAAUUUCUUGAACAAGUUGCAAGCGACGGCUGGAGGGGGGUGGACCAAGAUGCAAGACAAGAUUAGCGACUUGCGAAAACAAAUCAAGGAGAAUAUUCAAAACAUGUUCCAUCAAAAACCUUGGAUUACAACAACCGUUGCUUCGACAAUGCUGCCUUCGACUGCCACACCAGUCCCGGCCUUGUAAACGGUUGACCAGGAGAAGUAGACGACAGUGUACAAGACUCAAGAUAUUACCCGCACGCCCUAACCACUAGGCUUAAUCGUUGAGCAAUAAACAGUAUAAUUCUUGAUAAUUA